AAUUCAACUCAUUUUGGAUUGAAGUCAGGAGAAUGUGUCUGCUUUGAAGGCCCCGUUUUUGCAGAGACCAUCUCAUCAGAUCAGUGCAAUAGCUCAUGUUAUGAUGUCCGAGAUGAAGAAGAAAUUAAAUUUUUAGAAUGUGGAGGACCGAAUGCAUAUACUUUAUAUACUUCAGAAGCCGACAAAGUUAAACAAGGGUCGACAUGUGUUGCAGUAAACUGUGGUGGUUCUGUGCAGGAGUUUUCAUAUUCUUCAAAUUGCUCUGAGUCAUAUUUUGGAGCAUGCGUCCAUAAAGAGUAUCUAGGAUGUUUUGAAGACCAACCAAAUAGAAUCUUAUCUGGAAUCAACCGUAAAGAUGACUUUGACUUGACUGUAGAAAGCUGUAGGAACUUCUGUACAGAUUACCAAUUCUACGGAGUUGAGUUUGGUGGAGAAUGCUUUUGCGGGAAUUUUUUUACUUCAUUUAUCAAAAAGCCUGAAAGAGAAUGUAACAAGAAAUGUACUGGUGACACAACCCAAACUUGUGGUAGUGCCGAUAGGAUCAACAUUUACAGUAAUCUAAACUACAAGACAGAGAUAAAAAGAAACUGGACAUCAUCAAUGCAGAUUUGCAAAACACGGUAUCCCUCGUCGUACUUAAUUGGAAACGUCUCCUUGACUGGCGCUACUUUGGCAUGUAAACAAUUACAAAGGAAACAGAGAGGUUUUACCUGGCUAAGCAUCGCAAAAGAAGUGUACACUGGAUAUGAUCGAGGUGUUGCAGUUUAUAUCCAUGAAAGAGAAACGUUUCAUCAAUGCCAAAAAUGCAACCGGACUGCCUGUGAAUUUGUUGAUUGUUUAAAAAAGCUGGAUAAUUUAAUUUGUGGAAAGGAUUCGGGCAUGGUAAUACGUCAAAGGAGAGCAACAGAUUCAAUCAUAAACUUCCGCAUCAUCAUUCCUUUAUCCUUAAUUACCAUCAUUGGUUUUGGUUGUUUAGUAAUAGGAAUUGUUUGCUACAAACGCCGGAAGUCGAAUCAAAAGAACAAGAAGACCGCACAUCAUCUUGAAAAUCCCAAUGAAAAUUUCUAUGCAAAUGAAACUCAUGCGAGGAACAUGUACAUGUAUCAUGAUACUAAUUCUGAACGGAAUCCGAAAUCAGAAAAUUCUGAACAAGUCAAUGAUGACAUUUAUAAAGAAUCUAUGGACGGUGAAUAUGACCAUCUGAGAGGUAUUGAGGCAAGGAGACACAAGCCUGAGGACGUAUAUGACCAUGCUCCAGUUGUAACUGAGCAAGAAUACGCUUACGGAGGAUAUAACGUCAGUAUUGCAGGAGACCAACAACAGUUAGAAAAUACUUAUGACCACACUUCGUCUUUUUCUGAUUAUGGGCAAAGUAAUGAAGGACCGCAUACAAUAUACGACAAUUGUUCUCAAGUCCAUAAAGUGACUUAAACGUACUCUGCAUAGAAUAAAAAAGUUAGUUCAGUUUCUUUGUAUACAUA